CGAGGGACUUAUAAAUGUUAAGACAUUUCCACAGGUGCACAGACACUCGUGGAAUGGCAACUUCACUUCUUGGGGAGGAACGUAGGGUUGGAUCCACUCCAUUGGCCAUGUUAGCAGCGACCUGUAAUAAAAUCGGGAGUUCAAGUCCCUCCUCGGACAGCGGCGCGUUUGGAAAAGGAGGAUUUCACCCGUGGAAACGCGCAGCGCCCAGCAGCUGUUCUCUCUCGCCGUUCGGAGCGCAACGGAACGAUUCAUUCAACGCCAGUAGCUCCUUUUCCUUAACUGGCACGAACACCUCCACCAGCCCGUUUGGCAACGACUACCCUGUGUUUCAGACUUCAGUCGCCAACAGUUCCCCGGACCCGUGCGCGCAGUCGGUGUUCAUCUCUAAAGUGGACACUCUACAAGGGAUUUACCCGAGGAUGAGCGUUGCGCACCCGUACGAGACAUGGUUCAAAUCCGCGCAUGCUGGCAUCUCCGCCGGGGAUGUGGGCACUGGUGGUGGUGGGUCCUCCUGGUGGGAUGUGGGCACCGGUUGGAUUGAUGUUCAAAGCGGAAACGGCGCCGCGCUCCAAAGCUCUCUGCACUCACCCUUGGGUGGGUAUAACUCAGACUAUUCUUCUCUUACCCACUCCGCGUUCAGUGCCAGCCCGUCUCCUCAUCUUCUCACGGGUGGGCAGCACCUGAUGGACGGAUUCAAACCGGUUUUAUCAGCUACUUAUUCAGAACCCAACCCAAAUUCUAUAGCCGGCGCCAAUGGACCAGUUUUAGCCGGGUCUCCUGCGGUAACCCUGGCUGGAUCUCCCCGCUCAACCUCGCGGCGCUACUCGGGCAGAGCGACCUGUGACUGUCCGAACUGCCACGAGGCGGAGAGACUGGGGCCCGCGGGGGUCAGCCUGCGCAGAAAAGGGCUCCACAGUUGCCACAUCCCGGGUUGCGGGAAGGUAUACGGAAAGACGUCGCAUCUCAAAGCGCAUUUGCGCUGGCACACCGGCGAGAGGCCGUUCGUAUGUAACUGGCUGUUUUGUGGAAAGCGCUUCACCAGGUCCGAUGAGCUCCAGCGGCAUUUACGCACACACACCGGGGAAAAACGAUUCGCCUGUCCGGUGUGCAACAAGCGCUUCAUGCGCAGCGACCACCUCAGUAAACACGUGAAAACGCACAGCGCUGGUGAGCCCGGGUCGAACGGGGUUAAAAAGGGCAGCGAUACCGACAGCGAGCAGAGUGGACCGGGCAGCCCGUCCUGUCAGUCCCCUGAAAUGAUCCACAAUACAGAACCCGUCCGGAAUGGACUCAACCACUGAGUAAACCUACUGAAAAUAUGGCACAUCAUUUUGGAAACAUAAGGGGAACACGUGGACGCACCAAUUAACCCUCUGAUGCAUGCAUAAUUAAAUCACAAAAUUACAAAUUUCACUUAUAAUAAGUAACAAUAACAUCAUCUUUUUUAUUUAUUUGUUUACAGAGUGUCAAAUAUUCUGGAUGUAGGUUACUUUACGCACACACAUUGAAUGUAUGUUGUCAUACAUAUUCAAAUAUAGUGGCACAUAACAAGGACAGUCAAAUAUUAUUAAGAGAAGGGGUCAAAAGCAUUCACCCCACGCCAUUAACUCUGAAUGGUUAAAAGUGGUUCUGGUUAUGGACACCAUCAGAGGGCUAUUUUAGCUUUCAGCGCGUAAUUAAAUCAUGCAAGUGCCAUUGGUCAAAAUAGACGUCUUAAAGAUUAUUAAAUGUGUUUUAUGAGCCAUGCAUCGGCAGAAGGUCUCUCUCAGGUGUUAUAGAGAUUUUACGUAGUGCUCUGUGGAUACUUUAUAAUGUAGCUAAUGUAAAUGUGAAAUAAACUGCAAAACUGUCUUAUUGCUGUCAACACAUUCUCCGUUCAUUCACGUCUAUUUGAGGCACUUUAUGAAGAUCGAAACAUUUCUGAAUAACUGCACAGUUGAAUUGUAUGAUUGUAAUGAGUGCUUCUUGAUUAUAGAACUGUUUAUAGGCUUGACACAAGUCUAUAGAAAUUGUAAGAAAACAUCACAAUGAAAUUUGGAGAUUUAAAGUGUCAACGGAGCCAUUUUUGUACAUUAGUUUCAGUAACUUCUUUGACAGUAAAUCUGAAUUCAGUACAAACUGAAAAUGUAUAUAGACUUGUCUUGAAACUCUAUUUAUAAUUCAGUUUGAUUUGUGCUUUGAAGUCUAUCAGAGUCGCACUUUGAAUCUCUAUUUAUGAUUUUAGGAUCAACUCGAUCAAGUCUGUUUCUCUUCAGUUUUAUUAUUAUUUAAUGGCGCAUGUGCAUUUGUAUUUACUGAUCGUUUACUUUAAGUUUGAAAACUUGUAAUAAAGUCAAAGUUGACUGUAAUA